UGUGUGUGUGUGUGUGUGUGCCUCUUCUGCAUCCAUUUUUAAAACAUCCUCGGCAGCGUGAUGCAGCGUUCGCUGUACGUGACGCCGAGCUGCGGUGGUUCGUCCGUUACGAUACCUUCCCUGCUGACAACACUGAGCAGUCACACCGACCAGCAGCAGCAGCAGCAGCAGCUACAGCAGCACCAGCAACAUUACAGUGUCGUCACGCCAAUCGAUACGAUCACGCUGGAGGCAAAUCUCGGCAGUCCGACGGGGCGUAGUGCGCUCAAGCGCAAGCUGCCCAUCUCCGACCUGGAGGACCACUACCCGGUGUCGGUGACAGUGGCGGCACCGUACUCCUCCACCCUGGCCGACGGAACCGGCCCGCUCGGGACGAAGCAGCGCAAGGAUGUGGAGCAGGGCGGUGGCAUUGGCGUCGAGCUGCACGAGUUCCCCGCGUUCGGGCAAGCGUUCCAGGGCGUGUCGGGCAUUGGGCAGUUCUACGUGAUUGGACCGAACGACACUAACAACAACAGCUCGGCAAACCCGCUCAGCGAUGCGGAAGGCGAUCCACAUCACCACCACCACCACCACCAACACCACCAACACCAUCAUCAUCAGCAGCAGCAGAAUCAUCACCAUCAUCACCAUCACCAGCUGGCGACGUACAUCUACGACGUGCCGGGCACAAUCGAGACGGAAGCGACGGAGGUCAUCCCGAUCAGCGAGCACCACCUGACCUCGACCGUGCUGGCCCCGGUCGGCAGCGACGUGGUGCACCACACGAACGGAGGCAUCGUGCUGACCGACAUCAGCUCCUCCACCUGGACCAGCACGGCCGAGCUGCUCGAUCUCGACCGGAAGGCAGCCGGUGUGGCCGCGACCGUGCCGACGAACGUGCACCACCAUCGCUACUCCAUCGUCAGCACCGAGCAUCAGCACCAUCAGCAGCUACCGCCCCAACAUCAACAAACCACCCAUCAACAACAACAGCAGCAGCAGCAGCAUCACCAUCAUCAGCAACAUGCGCAUCUUACCUCACACCAUCAUCAUCAGCAGCAGCAGCACCAUCAUCACCAGCCCUACCAGCCGUUGCAUACACACCAUCAACCUCAGCAACAAUCGACAUCCUCGCCGUCCUCUCCCCGACCGCCACCCACUCUCCCUCCGCCUCCACCUCCUCCUCCUCCGCCGCCACCGCCACCGCCAUCAGCUCCCGCGACGCCUACAUCCUCCGCCGACACCCACGUGCACACCCAUCGCAACAAUCAAGAAUCAGUGAAUCAGCAGUUUGGCGGCGGCGGCGGUGGUGGUGGUGGUGCUGGAGGCAGCGGUGGCAACACCAGCCCGUACAACAAUGGCAUCAACAAUCAGAGCUGGCCGAAUGCCGGCGAGCCCGGCCCAAGGUCCACGGACGGGGGGAGCCCGCGGCGUGCCGACUCGACGACACCGGCCACUGCCGGGCUGACGCUCACGAACGGCAUGAAGACGCCCGAGCGAUUAGCAUCACAAACCCCCGACACACCAGAAGACUGCAAGAAUCUGUCAUGGCUGCUCAACUUCAAGCUCGACGACAUCCCGAACCUGUCGCCCCGCUCCAACCGGAAGCAGCGCUCGAAGGGAGCGUUCGGGUCGGGACCGGGUGGGGCGAACCAGGACGGCGGAGCCCUCCCUGGCAGUGGUGCCGCCGGUGCCACCGGUGGUAGUGCUGGAGCGGGCGGUGGCGGCGGCAAUGGCGGCCUGGGUCCCGAUUCUGGCACGGUGGCGAUUGAGGAGGGUGAUCUGAACGUCGGCGAGAAUGUGACGAUCGAGAGCAGCAACGGAAAGUCACCGAAGAAGCCGCCCUUCACCUACACCGAGCUGAUAGAGUACGCGCUGGAAGAGCAGGGCGACCUGACGGUGGCAGCCAUCUACCAGUGGAUCUCGGACCACUUCCCGUACUACAAAUCGCACGACGACCGCUGGAAGAACUCGGUCCGCCACAACCUCUCGAUCAAUCCGCACUUCCGCAAGGGUCGCAAAUCGUCGCACGGUUCCGGCCACCUCUGGACAAUCUCGAGCCGCAACUCGGAGGACAACUUUCUCGCCUGGGAGCAUAAAAAGCAACGCUUCGAGUGGUUCUUCAAGAUGGAGGCGAACGCACGCCUGCGGGAGGUCGGCACGAGUGACACGAUGACAGAUGCGGAGGUCGCCGCUGCAACGGCCAGCCUCGCACAGUACGUGCCGAAAUCGCCGGCCACCACCGGUUCGCCGGUAAGUCAGUGUCUGGAAACGAUCAACGCCGCUGCACAGGAACCGCAUCGACAGCAUCUGUCUCACACGCUGCAGCAGCCGGCCCAACAUCAGCAACAGCAGCAACAUCAGCAGCAUCAUCACCAUCAUCACCAUCAUCACCAUCCGCAGCAGCAGCAGCAACAGCAGAUAACGACGACGUACCAUGAGGCGCAGACGCUGUACGCGGACCUCAUCACCGGCGCGCAGUUUAAGGUGACGGCCAGGACGGAGCAGGAACUAAAGCAUCCGGACGAGGACGCAUUCAAUGGAAUACGGCGCGGUGCUGAGAUACAGAUCGAACGCCCCACGCAAACGAUCCAAACGUACGAGAUGCUCGAUUCUGCGGAGUACAACAUUGCCGACUACCUGAACCCGGUGCCGAAGGAGGAGAUCGUGCAGGAGUGUGGGCUGCGCUCGGUCGCACUCGAUCCAGCCGAGCUCGGCAUUAACAUCCCGUCGGCGAGCGGCCAGGACGACGACAUUCUGUUCGACGACUUCAAUCUCAACUACUUCGGCAACAACAUCAUGACCUGACGACGUGCCGCACUGCAGGAGGAGCAGGAGCAGCAACAGCAGCCUUCCACAAUACUGCUCGCUCCCCUGCUCGAGCCAGUCUUUGCCAUGGGCCACCAGUCCGUACCGAUCGACGGUACGGUGCAGCAGAUCGUUGCCAUGCUACCGACGACCGUCGUCGCUACGGCAGUCUCCACCAGCGCGCAAGGCGACGAACCUCCGCCGGCCUAGUGAGUGCUGGGAGAGACGAAGCGACCAGGAGACGAGAUGCAUACACAUAACCCCCUCAGACAGGCAGACAUGCUCCGAUGGAUCCUAGAGUCUAACGUUCCCCGUUUCCGUUCGCUCCACAGGUUUAGCAAUGCAGCAGCAAUGCAGGAGAGGUUAACGCGAUUACUCGUUAUUAGUUUGUGCCAUACGUAUAUUACGCCCGUUAGAUGAACGUGUUGUGCCCUUUGUGUGUGUGUGUGUGUUGUGUGUAUGUGCGUACGUGUGCGUGUGUGUGUGCAAUUUGAAAUGUAUGUUUGAAUUAUCGCAAAUCCCCCGACAGGGACUGCAGCAGCAAAAGUUUCAUAUACUUAAUACAGUUUAAAAUAACAAAAAAAAAACAACAACGAAGCUGCAGCACCUUCCCUUCUGGUGGUGCACGCAGCUGGUGCGCGGGAGCUUUUCGUUUAAUCUACUCAUUGUUCUAGUCAAAAGUAACAAUUUACCAAAAAAUAACAAAUAAACAAAAAACGAAGCGCCUCGCUCACUGUCUCUCUUUCUCUUUUGAGCAAAGUGUGUGCGUGUGUGUGUGUGUGUGUGUGUGUGUGUGUGUGUUGUGCACGUGUCUGUGCGUUUAAAAAUCACAUCCACACAUACACAAGGAACAAUCAACAUUUUAGUAGCGUUAUCCCUACGCCCACUCCUUACCUUAGCACCUGGAGCAGCGCACUCACACACACGCACUUUCCAAAAAGAGAACAUUUUUUAACAUAAGCAUCGGGAGCAGAAGUGAUUAGGGCAAACAACCCAUCCCAGUGCCAUUCGUACACAUCCUGCUCUCUCUCUCUCUCUCUCUCUCUUUCUCGUUUAGACAUUAAUCGUAAUCAAAGAAAGAACUCUCUCACACACGUGCACACCAAAAAUGGUUCACACAAAAUCGACCGCUCGCCGGAGCGCAUUUCCCAUUGGAUUUAGCUAUUUCGUACUUCUCUAGCUCUAAUGAAUUCAACCGAAUCGAAUGCAAAUUGUUGUUGUUUUUUUGCAAACAAUGGCAAGAAAAGAGAAAAGAAAAACCAAACGCUACUCCUCCGGCAGUCAACCGAUGCCUCCCGGCAGCACGUGGUGAAGCACGUGGCGCAGGGUUCGGAGGAUUUGGCGCCCAACAAAUUGUAAAUCGCAUUCCCUCUGGCACAUACCUAAAGUUCGUUCUUAACACACACAACAAAACAAAACAACAAACAAACAAACCCCCAUGCGAG